AUGACUGUGUUUACGUGGUUCGCGCAACGCGCGGGAGGCCUGAGCAUGAUUGCUCUCAGUGCUCUCUGCUACUGGGUCGUCUCCCGCGACUCAACCUUUGAGCAGCAACAAUACAGCUACGAUCAAACAGACGGUAAGGACGCACUUUAUCCAUCAACUUCAACCAUAGGCGCAGGUUCCUGGAGUUACCUUUUCGCCUAUUACUGCCUUCUUGUUCACGUCCUCGUCUGCAUCUUCCCUCUCCGGGCGUGUUGGACGAUAUGGAAUCUCACACAAUACAUGAAGCGAGCGGCGCGUAGCGAUUCAUUACUUGACCUGAAAAGACUUGCGUCACGUCGUGACUCGUACACUUCUGCUUCGAGUUCUGAGACUCUCAUAUCCAGUCGCACCAGUACCAGUUCGUCAACCACCAGCGAAGCAGGCGAUUGCGAUCCCGAUUUCUACACGGACGGUGUGCCAGGAGCCAACGACAACGUAGUCCAUGCAAUUAUUAUUCCCAACUACAAAGAAGAGACCGAUACACUCAGAGAGACACUGGACGUUUUGGCGUCCCACCCACAAGCUCACUAUUCUUAUGAUGUUUAUCUUGGAAUGGAACAGCGAGAGAGCACCGCUGAGACAAAGGCUCUCGGCCUAAUUCAAGAGUUUUCCAAACGGUUUCGAUCUCUCGACUUCACUCUUCAUCCUUCAGAUGUUCCUGGAGAGGCUGCUGGAAAGGGAAGCAAUAUCGGAUGGGCUGCUCGUAAACUAAGCGAGAAAUACCCCUCAACUCUAAGAAACAAUAUCAUAGUCACGGGUAUUGAUGCCGAUAGUCAUCUUUCGUCGAACUACUUUACAAUCCUAACGAAUAUGCACUUGUCGUAUUCUGAGACAGCAUUGACUACCGUCUACUCAGCCCCUAUGAUCUUCGAUCGAAACGCUCAUUCGGUCCCAGCUGUUGUUCGCGUCGCUGACAUAUUAUGGGGAGCCGCUGGAAUGUCUGGUUUGUACCCUGGAUCAUCUAUUGCGCCACCUACUUCCGUGUACUCUCUUCCACUUGACUUGAUUGAUCGAGUUGGUGGCUGGGAUUGCGGCAGCGAAGCUAUUGGUGAAGAUUUGCAUAUGUAUAUCAAGUGUUUCUUUGCACUCAAUGGCAACUUGACAAGUCGAGUCAUCUACAGCCCUAUUAGCCAGAGCAAUGUCACCGGUGGUGGUGGUCUCCUGAAGGACGCUCAUGCCCGUUACAAGCAGGCUCUCCGUCAUAUGUGGGGUGCUCUUGAUACUGGUUUUGCACUAUGCAAACUUGUCCAACUGUGGAAGGAUCGAAAGCAGACUCAUCGCGCCUAUCAGCCUCUUCAUCAGACACUUUCUGCCGCCAACGAUGUCGCUAUUCCCGAAACUUUUUUAAUAGACGAGCAGAUUGGUCAACCUCAUGUUGAGAAUGGUAUCUUUUCUGGUAUUCACAAGGAUACUGUUGAACAACCGCACUGGGAGCACAUCUUCUACAUGAUGCAUCGCCUUUUCGAAGCCCAUUUUCUCCCCGUCCACAUGGCAAUUCUGGUCCUUUCUUCUGCGCUGUACGUAAAGCUUACAGAAAACAACGACGAUCCACGAAACCUUACUUGGAUCUUUGAUUGGUGCAAUAUCAUCCGCAUCUACGGGUUCUUCCAAAUUGGAAUCUACGUAUCUCUUUACGAGAGCUACCACCAAGUCUGUGUUGCUACUCGUGAGAGGGAGAUGGUCAAGGCCGGUUUGGCUGAUACGAUGGACUUUUCAAGACGGUCCCUGAAGAGGAACUGGUAUGAUUAUCUCGUUAUUCCGGUCGUUGCGCCAUUGUAUGGUACUAUUCCCAGCGCCCAGGCUUUGGUUUGCCAGCUUUGGGGCCAGGAUUUGGUUUAUACUGUGAGUAAGAAGGCGACGAGACAGCAGAUACAGAUUGUGAAGGUGGAUGAUAUGGCAUAA